AUGAAGAACUUUUGCUUUCGCGCUUCACUUUUUCCCCACGGGACUGAAAAGCUCUCUCGAGGGAUUCUUUCCCGUACGAGUACUAUGAGCGGAACGAAAGAAGAAUCAGACGACGCGUUCCACAUCUGGCCGCAACUCAAAGGCGACAAACACUUCGUGCACUCCUUACCGUUAUCCGACGUGUAUUUAAACAACGACUCGACUUGGCCCUGGGUCGUUCUCGUUCCACGGGAAAACGAUAUGGUUGAAUACCACGAUUUAUCGAACGAAGCGCAGAUGCAACUGAUGCGAGAGAUGAGCGCACUCUCGAGAGUUUUAUUGAAAGGGUGGCCUACGAUUGCAAAACUGAACACCGGGAUGAUUGGGUGCGUGUGCAGGCAAUUACACUGCCAUAUUUUAGGACGAUUCGAGAACGAUAAAUGCUGGCCCAAUCCGGUUUGGGGAGCCUCCGAGGCGAAGAAAUAUAGCGAGGAGGAGGCGAAAGAAACGAAGGAGAAACUAGAGAAGCUGAUUAAAGAAGAAGAAGAGGAGUUGUUGUUGUUGUCGAAGUCGUCUACAAAUUAG